AUGGUGGCAUCCCUCCCCUAUCUAUACAACAUGGUGCAUCCCUCCCCUAUCUAUACAGCAUGGUGGUAUCCCUCCCUAUCUAUACAACAUGGUGGCAUCCCUCCCUAUCUAUACAUCAUGGUGGCACCCCUCCCUAUCUAUACACCAUGGUGGCAUCCCUCCCUAUCUAUACACCAUGGGGGCAACCCUCCCUAUCCAUACAACCUGGUGGCAUCCCUCCCUAUCUAUACAACAUGGUGGCAUCCCUCCCUAUCUAUACAACACCAUGGUGGCACCCCUCCCUAUCUAUACAACCUGGUGGCACCCCUCCCUAUCUAUACAACAUGGUGGCAUCCCUCUCUAUCUAUACAACAUGAUGGCAUUCCUCUCUAUCUAUACAACAUGCAUGGUGGCAUCCCUCCCCUAUCUAUACAACAUGGUGGCAUCCCUCUCUAUCUAUACACCAUGGUGGCAUCCCUCCCUAUCUAUACACCAUGGUGGCAUCCCUCCCUAUCUAUACAACAUGGUGGCACCCCUCCCUAUCUAUACAGCAUGGUGGCACCCCUCCCUAUCUAUACAACAUGGUGGCAUCCCUCCCUAUCUAUACAACAUGGUGGCAUCCCUCCCUAUCUAUACAGCAUGAGCGGGGUUGUCGACAGCCGCAGCUGA